AUGUCUGGACGCUCGCGUGCCGACUCCCCAUCGCGGACACGUGGUGCCAUGGGCGAGGCCACGCCCCCAGCGCCCGUGCACACGGACCGGUUGUGUUGCGUUUGCCUCGACGAACUCGAUCCUUCCGGCCUGCGCGAGCGCGCAUGCGUCCCUUUCCCGACGUGCGCGGCGCAUCACCUGCACUUGGGUUGCCUGGCCCAGUUCCGCGCCCAAGCCUCCGGCCCGGUGGACCUGCUGUGUCCGCUCUGCCGACAUGGCCAAUGCCCUGCCUGCAGCCCCACGGCAUGGUCCCACCAACACGACGCCUGGCUGCGGGACACCUGUGCAUUUUUUUUUUUCUUCUCGCUGUUCAGCCCAGGUCCGUGGUCUCGGGCCUAG